AUGGCUAAUUUACCUGCAGAAUCGUCAAAGCCAAACAAGAUGACCCACACACCUCUAAUCCGUAGGCCGGUGGCCCGUCGCGAACGCCGUAGGAAGGUCGCUCGCGCUGCCAAGAAGGUAGAGAGUUUCCCCAAGGUAAGGGCAAGUCUCGUACCUGGCACUGUGCUCAUCCUCCUUGGUGGUAGCUACAAGGGCAAGCGCGUUGUGCUGCUCAAGGUUCUCAAGGAGAGCGGCUUGUUGCUCGUCACUGGCCCGUUCCUCUUCAAUGGUGUUCCUCUUAGACGUGUGAACCCUAGAUACGUGAUUGCGACAUCUACUAACAUUUUCGAGAUGCCUGAAAUCAAGGGAGCUGAGUGCAAGGCCGCCGUGGAGGCCGCUGUCGCAUCUCUUUCCGACGAAUCCUUUGGCAAGAGCAAGGCCACUAAGAUGGCUGAGUUCAAGGAACGCAAGAAGCGCAGCAAGGAUGCCAUGUUUGUCGACAACGCUGAAGCCGAAAAGGUCGCCGAGGAAACUAAGCUUAUGAUCAGGGAGAAGCAGGACAAGGUCGACAGCGUUUUGACUCCUUUCCUCAAGAGCUCUGACAUUCUUUGCAAGUACUUGAAGGCUCGCUUCACCUUGCGCAAUGGCAUGUACCCACACAAGCUCAAGUUCUGA